ACACAAGGCUUGCGCUUCCCCUUUACUCCCACUGAACCACGGCUCUGCCUUGAUCUUCUUUUCCUGGGACGCGCAAUUUUAAUCAUCAAACCUGACCUCACAAAUCCGUUUGUAUUUUUUAUUUAUUUAUUUUUCCCCUGUGCAGUGUGAGUCGAGCCCCACACACACACACACACACACACACACACACCGCGUUAAUCCCUGGAUCCUCUGAGCAGGACGGACCGUGGUUUUUUGGGACGGUGUUGCCAGGGGGAAGACGGCGGCGGCCGGGACCUGUUGGAAAUGACAGCUGAGGAGGGCGGAUUGAAGGAUCUGCGCUCGGAUCGCGAAAACAGUGAACGCAGAAGAUAGCGAAGAGUCUCUGCCUUCGCCUCGCCACGUAGAGAGAGAGAAAAGAAAAAAAGGGGUUGCGGAGAUGGACUCUCUGAUGAGCGCGGUGACGUCGCCGCGCUCCCCGGCCCCCGCCAAGAAGCUGUCGGAGGUGGACUUCCGCUCGGGGGCCACGCUGGAGCAGCUGUCCGCGCAGGUGUCCGAGCUGGUGGUGCUGGAGCAGGGCGAGUUCGGGGACCAGACGGCGCUGGAGGUCCACACGGCCAAGGACUUCAUCUUCAACAUGCUCGGCUUGGUCCAGAAGGUCGACCAGCGCCUCCCGGUGGCCAACGAGUACCUGCUGCUUUCAGGCGGCGCCCGCGAAGGCGUGCUGGACCUCAACCCGGAGGAUCUGGGCGACUACGCCAAAGGGGCCGACUUCGACCUGGAUUUCACCCUGCUGGUGCCCGCCCUGAAGCUCCACGACCGCAACCAGCCCGUCACCCUGGACAUGAGGCACUCGCCGCCCUGCCACUCGUGGCUCAGCCUUCGCCUCUGCGACUCCAACGUCCUGUCCCGCUGGAACAUCUGCUGCCAGGAGGAGAACGGCCUUCCCGCUGAAGAAGAGGAGGAGGAAGAGGGGGAGAUGAGUAAAGGCUCUAUCCCCUCCCUGGGCUCCCCUCAGUCUCUGGACGGCUGCUAUUUCUCCCCCUCCCUGGUGACCGACUGGUUCUGGGGUGUCGUGAGCGAGGCGGUGGAGGAGCUGAGGCGCAGCCCCCAGAGAGGCAUCCCCACCCCGGAGAGGCUGGAGAGGAACGGACCCCUCACUACCAUCAUCCUCCAGGCAGGCUCCAGCCGGGUGCUGUACGACCUGCUGCCCGUGGUGUCGUUCCGCGGCUGGCCCGCCGUGGCCCAAGGCUGGCUGACCGCCAACCACUUCUGGGACGGCAAAAUCACGGAGGAGGAGGCCAUAUCCGGCUUCUACCUGCUGCCCUGCUGCUCCCCUCUGGGCGGUCGGCCCGACAGGGAGUGGAGGCUGGCGUUCUCCCGCAGCGAGGUCCAGCUGAAGAAGUGCAUCCCCUUCCCCAUGGCGCAGGCCUUCCAAGCGGCCAAGGCGGUGCUGUCUCGCGUCCUGGCCCGUCCCCGCACGGGCCUCAGCCUCUACCACCUGCGCACCCUCCUCUUCUGGGCCUGCGACCGCCUUCCCAACGCCUACCUGUCCUGCCACGACGCCGACACCCCCGGCCGCCUCCUCCUGGGCCUCCUGGACGACCUGGCCCAUUGCAUCCUGGGUAAAAACUGUCCCAACUACUUCCUGCCCCAGUGCAACAUGCUGGAGCACCUGACCGACAGCCAGGCGCUGCUGGUGGCCAGGAAGCUGGCCCACGUGCGCUCGGACCCCAGCGAGCACCUCCGGGCGGCCCUGGACCAGGCCCAGCAGGCGGGCCAGCUGAAGAAGGAGCUCGCGGGCGGCACCAACGGACACGGCUCCCCCGGGCACCAGCCGGCCAACGGCAUCAUCUCGCCGUCGGAGGACAAGCUGGCGCAGCGGCUGCAGCAGCUGGUCACGGAGAACCCCGGGAAAUCGAUAUCGGUCUUCCUCAACCCGGACGACGUCACCAGGCCGCACUUUCGCAUCGACGACAAGUUCUACUGAUCCGGGUGAUGUCUGCUGGCGUUUUAGCCGGCGGGCGCGGUCUAAAGAUAAUAAAAAAAAAAAAAAAAACGUUCCGAGAUCUCAGAUCAGAGGGAGGCUGAAAAGGCAGGCGGGCGGUUUUUCCUUUCAGAAACGCCGCGGGACGUCGACGUUCACACGCAGCCUCCCGUCGUACGUCCUGAGGCUGAACGAGAACAAUGCGACGAAGCCUUCGCCGCUUGACUGACACUUUAAAACCAAAAAAAAAGAAAAAACGAAAACGCGUUUUUUUUUCCCCCCCGACGCCGACAACUGACGUCCGAUUCGUCGCGGGCGCGAUGUCGCCGAGCUGUUGCCACGGAGACGGCCCUCUCCUAACGAGCUGGCCUUAAGGAGACUUAAUCAGCUGGUGCUGCGAGGACGAGGAGAGGAUCCACUGGAGAUGAACUCGGCGUGUCCGUGUGUGUGUGUGUGUGCACAUGUUGGCCUAAGGGUUUUAACACAUUACUCAGACUUCUGAGGGGAGAAACGCUUCGUGAUUGCUGCGUUUCUCCCCCCUGUUUUAUUUCAGAUCAGAGCUGGCGAUGGAUAAAUUAGUAAGGAAAAACAAGGUAUGGCUGAUGUAACUGAAUGUAAUCUUGUGAGGAGAACUGCCGAGUCUUUGAACAAAGAGUUUCUCUAUCAGCUCCAUUUUAGCCCCUUUUUUUAAUCCUCGCGCCUCAGUUUAUGGCGUAUGUCUCGCUCUUCUUUCUUUUUUUAAUAUUUCUCAGGUGUGCCCAACCUUUUUUUCUUUUUUUUUUUUUUGAUGUGUGCGAUUCCUUUGUAAGGUCUUUACCGACAUUUCACGUCACUCACAUUUCACGGGGUAGAGGAAUGUACCAAAGAGCUUUGUUUGGAGCCAUUUUGCUAAGAGUGUGUUUUACGUGACGUGUCCCGCCUCGACGUCUCACUUCGGGUCCGACUCAAUGAUUCAGCUGAAUGUCACAGAAUGUCAGUUUUGCCUUUUGUCCUUCGGAAAAAACUCGGUCACACCAGUUCAGGAGUUGAUUUGCACAAAUCUACGAUGUCGGGUUCAACUUUGUGAAGCCUCGCGACGCGUGAUUUCAUUUAACCUCGUCCUUUUUGGAACAGAUUCAUGCAACACGCUUCCAAACGGUUCUGAAACGAGAGUCAAUAGCACACCAAAAACCUAUGUUUUUCCCUUCUUUAAUAAAACACUUUAUUGGGUAAAAUUAUGCACAGUUAGCUAGAAUAGACCAGCGAUGCAACCGUGGUCAAUUAAUUGAUUAUCUAAUUGACAGAAAAUUAGCAGCACUUGAUUAUUGCAGCUUUUAUCAAACUAAAACACACUUUAUUGACUGAUUUUUAUUAUUUAAACUACAGUAAUUCUAUUUAGUCUUCUUUGGUUACAUAUAACAAGCUAUUUAUAUAAUUUUUUACUAUUCUUUUAAAGGGUCAGAUAUCAAAUAUUUCACCACUGUCACCAAACAAAGCAAAAUAAAAUGUGACCCACUCAUUAAAAUCAUAUAAAACAUCCAGUGUUUACAGCGCCGGGACACAGGCGACCGUUUGGUUCCUCUGAAGUGUAAAAGAACACACCUGCAGUUCACACUUACUGCCACAGGUGUCGCCAAAGACAACAAAACAAGGUCCUUUAAUACUAUGAGUGGAUUCAUUCUGCUGUACCGGUUUCUGGUGUGACUGGACAUUUACGUUGGAAAAAAAGGUUGCGAUUAAACAGGACAGGAACAAAAUAUUUAAAGAAACAUAAAAUAAAAUUGAUAAGAAGACAGUUUUAUUCCUGGUACUGUAAACCGAUGAAAGUAUUGUUACAGCAGACCGUUUUCUACGCUGUUACCCUGAACAAGAGAUUUAGUAAAGAUGGAUUUUUGGUCUAUAUUGUACCGUAGCAAGGUACUGUAAAAAAAUAAAAUAAAAUUAAAAAAAAUUCCCCCACAAAGGACCCAGAACAUGUCGCACAUCUUGUUGCACAUCGUGUGAGCACAUUUAUUCACUUACGGUUGGAGAAACCCAGUGUUUCUCAUUCGAUUUUUUAAAUUUAUUUAUUUCUUUUCCUGACACUGCUUCCGACUUGACUGAUUCUGAUAAUUGUCCCCCGUCUCCUCUGCUUGGUUGGUCUUUUUUAAUGAGCUUCAUGUGGGUGCUUCGCUAUGUGUGUGUGUGUGUGUGGUUGUGUGUUCGCUGAGAGACGAACCGCUCAGCGGGAUGCAGACAGACGCCCAGAUGCUGCCCACUGAAUUAUCCCCUCAGUGGGCGAGUGUUAGUCACUGUGCUUUAUCGAGUCAUCCACACGGGGGGAUGUGGGGAUAGAUGGAGGACGGAGGGAGACGUGUCCUCUUAUGGUCUUCUCAAAACUUGUCACCACUCCUAUGUUAGCAUUUAGCGGUUAGCAUGCUGCUGCAGAGCCACAUUUCUCGUGUCGGUUGUCUGGGUCACUUUCAGAUUUCAUGUGCUGACUACUGAAUGAUUUUUUUUAAAUUAUUACUAUUAUUAUUACUACGUCUGACUGGUUGUGCGACGUCUGUGUGAACCUGAGGGAAAGAAAAAAAACAAAGUGUGGAAUGUCAAAGCAGCGAUUGUGAGAGGAUUGUGUGUUUACAGCACCCGAUUAUCGUUACCCGAACUCUACUGAGAUUUAAAUAUAGUUUUAUUUAUUAGAACACAGAGUUAAUGUAAAGGUAAUCCUCUCUCGUUGCCCUCUUUUUUUUUUUUUUUGAGGUUUGAAAUGUCUCACUUUGUACCUUAACGGGCCUAGAUCGAGGUUACUAGACACAGGAAACAGUUUUUUCCCCCGAAUUGUACACAUGAAUUUAUUUUUUCAGUUUCUUGAUAUGCAAACAAGCCCCUCCCUCUCCCCCAGUAUGGAAAGGCCUGUCUUUUACAACUCCUGCUCUAAUUGUACAUCAACGUAGAUUUACUUUCACUAUCUACUCUCCAGGGGUUUGCAUGAAGCACAGGUGACACCUGAAACAUCUACGCUCUGUUUAAAACCGUUUCCGUUUUUCUUUUCGAUUCUGAAACUUAUUUUUUUUGUUUUUGUUUUUGUGGAUAACUAGCUGACCUAAAUGCGAUGAAUGUAUCCACCACAUCAUCUCCUCUAAUCUGCUCCCUGCUUGGGACACGAAUCGAAUCUGUUAUCUCACCAGAUGUGUUCGGCUCCUGAGGCGCCGAGCAGAUAAACAUCUGUACCCAAUCACUCCGCAAGUUUGACAAAUUGAAUUUCAUAUCUCUUCUAUUACUUGAGUUCUUCCUACUUUAUUAUUUUUUUUAAAUUAAAUAACAAGUGCGAAUUAUUUUCUGACUGAUUUGCUGUAUUUAUUACUGUUUAUUUCCUGCCGUUUAUAUUGAUCAAGCUCUUUAGCAUGAAUAAAAUCACCACAUUUGAAAUCUUA